AUGGCUACUUCUCGCCCUCUCCCACUCGCCGAGGAGUGGAAAAACCCGGAUUCUUACGUCGACGAGUUGCUGGAAUUUGCGACAUCGUCUAUUCUAUUUAUGAACCUCUGUGGUGGCGUGCAUAUCCUCGACUUUCUGACACGAAAACCUGACCUUUAUUCUACCUUACUUCCGGCUGAUUGGAGGGAAUUCUUCGAGCAUCAUGACGUUCAUGAAGUUCUCCAUCUUCUUUUGCAUGAGAACAUUGAACCACUGCGGGACCCUCAGGAUGACGAGAAUGAUGAUAGUCAAACCUGGAAUGGUGGCGCGCGUCCUCCUCAAAGUCUUAUAGACUACAUUCACAAUAUUCGCCGACUGAGUCUGCGGCGAGAAUUUGAUGUCCCACCGCCCUCCAUGAGAACUGCGCUUCCAUAUAAGACUACCGUGGGAAUGAACAAAAAGAAACUCCACGAAGUUGAAUUCUUCUCCCGUCAUGUUGCUUCGCUCUCGGAUGUGGUGAAUGAGCGCCGGAAUGAGCCUAUAUCCCACAUUGUCGAUUUCGGAUCUGGACAAAACUAUCUAGGUCGGACGCUAGCUAGUUCGCCUUACCACAAGCACAUCAUCGCGAUUGAAAGACACCAUCACAACAUCAGCGGUGCCCAAGGAAUGGAUAUACAUGCUAUGCUUGCUGAGAAAAAAGAAAAAAAGGUAUAUGUGCAUAAACGCAAGACUUCUUGCAAUGAAUGCGAUGGAAAACCGGAUGUUGCAGAUUCUAGCGAGAUCUCAGCACCACAGCCACGCCCAGAAAUGCCUCAAUCAUCAAUCAAUACACAUGGUGCGCCGGAUACUGGUACGGAGGACCAAGAAGUAACCACCUUCAAAAUGUUGGGCCAAAUCGAUUUGGGUCCCAACGAAUUGCGAGCCUCUUCAUCCAAAAAGCAAUCGCAGCGACAAAAGCCCGAGGAAGCUGAAAUCGACACCCGCGGCAAGCUCAGCUAUAUUGAACAUGAUAUCUCAGAUGGAUACCUGGAACCUAUAAUUAACCAUGUGGUGCGCCCAUCCCCUGUGGCGACCCCCAUGGAAAUCCAAGACUCAAAUGAAACUUCAAUCACGGUCAAUCUGGACGAAGAACAACCGAGCGACGCUCGUGUUAUGGUUGUUUCUCUCCAUUCAUGUGGCAAUCUGUUACACCAUGGUGUCCGAUCUUUGGUCUUAAACCCGUCAGUUGUGGCUGUGGCAAUGAUCGGUUGCUGUUACAACCUCAUGACCGAGCGUCUGGGGCCUGCAACUUACAAGCUUCCAAUCCUUCGCUCCCUUCAUCCACGGUUGAACCAAACUGGAAACUCGUAUGAUCCGCAUGGAUUCCCGAUGUCUCAGCGCUUCGAAACAUAUGAAAGUGAGGGUGCUACUGGAAUGAAGCUCAACAUCACCGCUCGCAUGAUGGCCGUUCAAGCACCCUAUAACUGGGGCCGCGAGGAAAGUGAAGGAUUCUUUACUCGUCAUUUCUUCCGCGCUCUGUUCCAGCGUGUACUCCUCGACCGAGGUGUUGUGCCCCAGCCCGAUAUUCCUAAGGAUCUCUACAAUGAUGAUGGUGACAUCGAUAGGCCCCCGCCACUUAUUCUUGGAUCUCUACGCAAGUCGGCUUUCACGUCGUUCGCUGCGUAUGUUCGAGCGGCUACCGUUCGACUCAGCCGCGAUCCCCAUCAUGGUACGAAAAUUCAGAAGCACAUUUGUACCAUGAGCGAUGAUGAGCUUGAUCGCUAUGAAAACGAAUAUCAGUAUGCCCGGAAAAAUCUAAGCAUCGUAUGGAGUCUCAUGGCUUUCAGUGCACAGGUCGUUGAGGCGAUUAUUGUGACAGAUCGAUGGCAGUUUUUACGCGAACACGAUUCAGUCAAGGAAUGCUGGGUGGAGCCAGUUUUUGAUUACUCUAUUAGUCCUCGCAACCUGGCUGUUAUCGGUAUCAAGGCAUAA